UUCUCGGAGGGCUUAUGGCUUUGGGGUAUACGAUUGCUAGCAUCCUAAAAAGAAGAAGCCACGUAUUCUCUGAUGAUAGGGUUUGUGUGAAAACUGAUUGGUUGGAGCAACUUAAUCGUCAGUAUGUCCAGGUGCAAGGAAAGGAUCGCUUAUAUGUUAAAUUCGUUGCGGAGCAGCUGGGCUUGGAUGGAUCAUAUGUGCCUCGAACUUAUAUUGAACAGAUUCAGCUGGAGAAACUUGUAAAUGAUGUUAUGGCACUUCCAGAUGAUUUGAAGUCAAAGCUCAGCAUAGAUGAUGAUUUGGUUUCAAGCCCUAAAGAAGCUCUCUCGCGAGCAUCAGCAGAUAGAAGAAUGAAGUAUCUCAACCGGUAUUCAUUAUUUUUGUCUAU